AUGUCUGACGAAGACAUGGACACAGCAGACUGGCAGCCGAACUUUUUUUCGAGCGACCAGAUCCACGCCGACCAGGUCAACGAAAACCAAGCUGCCUACCAGAGCCAAGAUGUCAACGACCGAGGCGAUCCACAUGGAUAUCAACAUUCGGUCUUCCAUCCGGCCUUCGACGAUGCGGCUGCGCAAGCUGCGCAAGCUGCGCUCAUGUACCGCCAAUCGCAAUCGCAGAACCCCGUUCCCUACAUAAGGUCUUCAAACCCUGCAGCUGUGUCGAGGCCAAGCGGGCAACCUCCAGUCGCCUCACAGCCUAUCAACUCGAACAACAUCAACUGGCGUCACUACCAACAUAUGGGUCAACAGCAAAAACCGUGGACAGUAACUCCACAGAGCUCAGAUCCCGAGAUUCGCCAACCGACUCCGAAUAAUCAGAUUCGCCUUGCUCAUACCCAACAACCGAGUAAGCAGCAAUACUGGUCGGCAGCCACACUACAGAGCUCAGGAUACGAGAGUCGUCAGUCGAUCCUGAUUAAUCAGAAUCGACCUAACCCUUAUCAACAACCGAGUCAGCAGCAAUAUCGGCUAACAGCAACACAGCAGAGCUCAGGCCAGAAUGCUAACCACCAACCGACACCAAAUAGUCAGAACCGACCUGUCUAUAACCAGAACAGUUCUCAUGUCCAACCACAGCCCCUGAACAACCACAAUCGGCCUCCUAAUAAUCAAAACAGACCUCAGCCACGGUCGGCCAUGUCAGGAUUUUCCUCUUCACAGCAAGCAAAGGACUCUAAUCACUUAAUAAAUUCUUCAACCUCCGGGAAUGCUCCAGCCCCAGUUGCUCGGUCGGCUUCAAUGGUGUCACAACCAAGCACGGACAGCGAUAAACGGACUUUUUAUCCUUUGCCUGCUCCGCAGUAUCAUCAGCAGACUCAAAGUCCUCAGACUUCAGGCCAGAACGAUACGGAGGUCCAGCCGCCUGCAAAGGUACGCCGUUUAGAUAAUGGGUCUGGCCAUGUUGCGUUUCACCAACCGGCACCAGUCAAGUCUUCGUCAAACCAGCAUCUGUCAAAGGCGCUUAUUGCAUAUAAACCUAGCCGCAAGGCAACCAAGAACCGUGAAGAUCUAGUGAAGCCAAUUCGCAUGAGUGAUGCACUGGUUAAAGAAUCAUAUAAUCCCGCUACAAUUGCGCGGGAUAUUCUUAUCGCUUCGGGAAGACAUCCUACAAUGAAAGGGUUGAAUCAUCACCUAUGCGCACUGAAGGCCAAUAUUAGCCAAGUGGAUUCCAAUUCAGAUCUUGCAACCUUUCGCUGGGAUCUGGUGGAUGUUGAACAGGAUCCUAGCACUGUUCCUCCUGCAAGAACUGCCCCAGCAGGUUCUAUUCCUCAACAACAGCAUAUUCCUCCACAAGGCCCUAUUUCUGCACCGAGAUCGGUUUCUCGACCAAGCCUUGUUCCCCCGCAGAAUUCUGUUCCUCCAUCGGGCUCUGUUCCUACGAGCAAACUUUCCCCUGCAGAGUUCAUUUCCCAGAGAUCUGCUCUUCCAGCGAUUUCCGCUCCUCCACCUGGUGCUGUUCCUCCUGUGAGGACCCCCUCUCUGCUAGAGCCUACACAGAGAUCUGUUUCCAACAGUUCUACCCCUACGCAGAGGCCUGUUCCAGGGCCUGGUGCUCCACGAGAUCCCAACCCAUCUUCACGUGAUCACGAUAAUUCACCGCACGUGCCCGCGAUCGCCGUACCACGUGACACACCGCCAACGUGUUCUGCCAGAAUUGACGCGCGCACCCCUCCCGGAGAGUUAAGGUCUUGGGGAGCUUUACCCUUCCAACCCCCCACCUACCAUUCUCCUAAACGUGCGACGGACCCCUCAAAGUUCCCCUCUGGUCUUCCUAGACUCGACCCCGUUCCCGAACCCCCUUCUUUCUCCGACCGAACAGCUCCUGUUUCCCAAUCGCCGCUGCCAACACAAACAACCAAGCCAGUGCAGCCUCCACCUACGCCCGCUGAACAUACCCCUAAGGUGACGCCCAAUUCAGGCAAAGGCUCGCAUGCCAACAAGCAGACUAAGGUGAAGUCCACCAACCCAGUCGCAUCGAAUCAAUCAGCCCCUGUGGAGGUGGCUAUUCAAGUGACACCCAAGGCCAAGUCUACGACUACGUCGCAGUCUUCGUCGAAGGCUACACCAAAUUCGGUGACCACUUCAAGCCAGAAUAACAAUCCUAAACUUCCGCGCCCACAAGUUGUGAUUCCGCCCUCGCCAGGUAAAAUGCAACCAAAGAGAAAGCCCGGUCGACCUCCCAAGACCAAGAGUGGAUCAGCGAUGAUUGAGGUUGCGAUUCCCCGCACACAGCCCGUCAGUUACCUAGUCUUCCACUGCCGAUGGAAGGACUGUGCCGCCGAACUUCACAACAUGGACGCAUUGCGAUCCCACGUGUCCAAGGUGCAUAUCCCACACGACCUCCGUUGUCAGUGGAAAGAAUGUGAGGAUCAGGAACUACGGCCUGCCCAGCGUCUAUUUCAACACAUGGCAGACACUCAUCUUGCCAAAAUAGCCUGGGAACUUGGAGACGGGCCAACAGUGCCGAAAACUGGUGAUUCUGCAGAGGCUAGCAUUAAUGUGGCUGAUCCGAGCGCGCGCAAAGGCACUAUGGCCUUGCCAGUUGAUGAGCACCAAGUAAAGGCUUUCAGCAACGCCCAUGGAACUUCCACCGAGCGAUUGAAGGCUCGUGAUUUGUUUCGAGCGGGUCAACAGUGGAAACAGAGAACUGGACCGGCACUAGGACCGAGUGAUAGCCCUUCCUCAACACCGGAACGGCAAGCCAACCUUGACUGUGACGAGGUAUGCUACAUCAGCAGCGAUUGA